AUGCUUGCUGCUACAACCAUCCUCAACUAUAUUCGGCGUUCAUCGCUUAAUCUCUUCAGUUGGAUGGAAUGGAUUUUGAAGAACAAUCUGCCGCUAUCGUUCUGCGAGAACGAAGCCGCUUGGCGAUAUUCAAAUCUUGAUCCCAUAUGUGUUGAGACCCUCGUCUCAGGGAUGGGCAGCCUGGCACGGUCCGUCGAGCGAGUCAUCGCUGCUGAAAUGCCCGACCGUUUCGGCCUCAUCUUUGACGGCAUGACGCAUGCAUCGGAACAUUAUAUUGCUGUAUACGCACGCUACGAAGUCGACGGCGUCGCGAAGACGCCGCUACUGUGCAUGGCACCUCUUCUGAGUGACGAGGAAGAAGACCUGUCAGCUAGAGGCCACAUGGAAUUCCUUGCGACCAUGCUGCCCCGUGGCUACUGGGGAUUGAACCGGUCAGUCCAACUCGAACUGGCAGACUACGAAGAAGAGCUGGACACAGUGCAGAAGCUCAUGCUCAAGCUUCAUACUCUGACGCAAUUAGCCAAACUACGAGCAAAAACUCAAUUGCGACCGGUCAUCCGCCAAGACACGAGGUGGAGGUCAACCUUCUCCAUGAUCAAGCACUACUUCGACCUCCUAGAGUUUAUCGACGCCAUCGAUGAUGAACUCGAAGACUUGAUGCCCUCACCUGCGCAAAACCGCUGUCUGCGAGCUUUGCUGAAGGACUUAGCGAAGGUCGACUCAGUGGCGAAUGCAUUGCAGGGGCCACGAGCCGAAAUUGUGCACAGCCCUAAUUUUGAGGCGGGGUGCGUGAGGGUGCUGUCUGGCGAUUCAAGUCGUUUAACACGCGCCGUAAAAGUCGUACUGGUUCCGUUUAUAGCCACCGAUCCACGCUCCAACGGCGAGGAUGAUGCUGAGGGCCGCGAAGAAGCCACGUCCAAUGUCGCCGAGCGCUUUUUUAGCGUUGCUAAGACGACAUUUGGACGGGAACGACAUGGACUGCCUCCUAUCACCAUCGUCAGUAGCCGAGCUGAAAGGAGACGCUCGUGGCAGCCGGAGCACAGCUUACUGGUGCCAAACUCGUCCAUGGGCAAAACUCGUAAACAUGGCUCCAUGUUUUGUUUUGGGGAUGCUGACCAGGGGGUGGAGGAGGCCAUUGCCAUGUGGGGUUACCGUGCAGUUAUCGAUGCUCUGAAGUCCAGAUCGAUAUGCUUGUCGAACCAGCUGUGA